UUGCCGGUGCAAGGUGAACAGCUCUUCUGUAGGCCGCUCGCUUGUUUUGUGCAAUAGUACACGAGACUGAAUAAAAAUCAGAACGCGUAAAUCGCUGCUGAACACAAAAAAAUCAAAAACCGAACGAGUAAUAGAUAAGAGGGUCGCAUAGGGUCAAAUCUUGUUUGUUUGCGUUUUGUUUUCCUUUUUCGAUAUUUCCGUGCUGAUAAUGGCGCCAAUUACAAAGCCUGUGUUAGAAGAUGAUCAAAAAUUUGCUGUAAUGAAGUUUCGAAGACAAGUAAAAGAUGUUCUGCAACCACAUCAUGACGACGUUUUCUUACUGCGGUGGCUGAGGGCACGUUCCUGGAAUGUAGAAGCUGCAGAAAAGAUGUUACGUGAAUCGUUACAAUGGAGAAAACACUGGCAAGUAGAUGAUGAUCUCAAAACAUGGGAGCCACCAGAAGUUUUAAAACUGUAUUAUCCAAGUGGAACAUGCGGAUUAGAUAAUGAUGGAGCUCCAGUUAUCGUAGUUCCAUUUUCGGGACUAGACAUCGUCGGGUUACUUCAUUCAGUUAGUAAAAGUGAUAUGAUUAGACUUACAAUUAAAAUUCUCGAAGAAAAUAUGGCUUUAGCUGCAAAAUCUGGUGUAAACAAAGUGGUCGCUCUUAUCGAUAUGGAAGGUUUUAAUAUAAGGCACUAUGCCUGGCGUCCUGCCAGUGAAUUUGUAAUUUCGCUGAUUCAAAUGUACGAAGCGAAUUAUCCAGAAAUACUUAAAGCGUGCUACAUAAUUAACGCACCCCGGGUUUUCUCAGUGGCCUUUGCUGUUGUAAAGAGAUUCCUAAACGAUUAUACCCUCGGUAAAAUUCAGAUAUUUAAAUCCGACCCCAAAAAAUGGCAGAAAGCUGUCUUAGAAAAUAUUUCACCCGAUCAACUUCCCAAACAUUACGGGGGAACCAUGGUUGAUCCAGACGGAGAUAUUAAAUGUCCUUCAAAGGUAAAACUUGGAGGAAAAAUACCUAAAUCGUAUUAUACGCAAUCCUUUGAUAAAUGUUAUACUCUUAACAGUGAUAACAAAAAUUUCAAAUCGACUAUCAUAAAAAGUGGAAAAAAAUUCAAUAUUGACUUCAUUAUAGCUGAAGAUGGCUGCUUUCUGAGAUGGGAGUUUUACACAGAAGACCAUGACAUCCGUUUUGGAAUAACUCAAGAAGAUUCGGAAGGUAAUGUACAUCCGGUAGUGCGUUAUCAUAGAGUAGCAUCACACCAAGUUAAUGAAUCUGGAGUAAUAGUAUGCCAAGCGCCAGCUACAUAUACAGUCGUUUUCGACAACAGUUACAGCUAUAUGAGGAACAAAAAAUUAUUUUACAACGUCUAUGUAACAGACCCUCUAAGUAAACUCGAUAUUAGCUCGUUGCCCCUUGUAGAAGAGGUACCAGAGCAAAUCGAUGCGUCAUUAAGAACUUCAAACAGGAAUGAAUCAAAUAAUAAUUGUGUCCAACUUGAAAAAGCCUAUUAAUAUUUCUCUAGAAAUGUAAUAGAAAAUUUCAUUAAGAGGGGUAGCUAUUUUACUGCUUUUAGUUUUUGUUUCAAUAAAUUAAUAAUUAGGAUUCAGAACCCA